ACAAACAUGGCGCGAUUUUUGGGAUAGGUGACUACUCUCAUCUAACUUAAUUCGUUAUUUUCUAUCUUCAUUAAUUAUUUAAUGUAACCAAAACAUAACCUAGGCGUUGCUGUCUUGAGUCACUUUAAAUACCUAGCCGUAAACGCAGAGAUAGAGCACACAGUGAAAGUUGUAGGAUAUAUUUAUUUAACUAGCUAACGUUAGCUAGCUAGAAUGCGUUUACAUCAGCUGUUGAGAUGUGCCCAGCGUGUUGAGGAGUCAUCUAGGGUUGUCAGUGGACUCUUCUCCCAUUGUACCCGGACCUCCGUGAAUAAUUUCUCCACCUCCAAUGUCUCUCCAGCUCGCAAGAAAAGCAGUCCAUACAGUUCGGUGGACAGCGGACGCUACUCCUCACUCUUCAAGUCAGUUGUGUCCCACAGAGUCAGUGCUCAAACUCCCGACAUCCUAGAGGAGCAAGAUGCUCAAAUCUACGGACCUGUGAUAAAAUCCCCAACACCAUCCAAAGUGCCUAAAAUCCUCCACCCGUUGCUCAACCAAGACAGGGUAUUUGAAUUUGGCGAAACUGAGCUUGGAGGGGCUCCAGCCAGAAUUAUCCUACGGAGGGGUCAGGACAGGGGCUCAGUGCCCAGCGUGACCCGUAUCCUACAGGAGACUAUGUCCCCGGAGCAACAGUUUUACCUGGAGAGAUGGAGGAGGAAGAUGAUAGCUCAACUGGGAGAGGAUGGCUUUAAGGAAUACAGUCAGAAUCUCUUCAGGCAAGGGAAGCUUUUCCAUACGGCCGUGGAGAGUGUUCUCCCGUUGACAACAAAGGAGGUACCGGGGGAAGAUCCUGAGGAGGCACCAGAGGUACCUUCGUCAGUAGAGGGAUACAUGGAAAGUGUACGCCAUGUACUGGAGGACGUUAGGGGAGUGAGAGCCAUCGAGAGCCGUGUACAGCAUGAAAAACUAGGCUAUCUGGGGAUUGUGGACUGUGUGGCUCUCUACAGGGGUGUGCUGUGUGUGAUCGAUUGGAAGACAUCUGAGAGGUCUAAACCUUUCCUCAGCAACACCUACGACAACCCUCUACAGGUGGCAGCCUACGUUGGGGCCUUAAACAACGACGUGAACUACAACUACCAGGUUGAGAAUGGACUGAUCGUGGUGGCCUAUAAAGAUGGUUCCCCAGCCCAUCCUCAUACACUGAGCUCAGAGCAGGUGCUACAGUACUGGGAGAGAUGGCUGGUACGACUGGAGGAGUACACCGAGAGGAGGUGAAGGAAUAGUGUCUUUGCUGCUUGAUGUAGCAGAUGGACCUAGAAGUACUCUCACCCCCAGAAACAGAAAGUGCUUGGCUUUUCUGACACUCAGUCACAUUUGACUGGUGACUUGGACAAACGAGUGUCACAGUCUGCUCAGAAACAGAUAAUUUAGCAUGUUUUUCUCUGACCUGUGACUGUCUUUUUGCGUCAUUGCCCGAUUUUUGAGCUUGACAAGUUUGAAAACAGUUCUUAUUUUAGUGUAGAGUUGUGUUUACCUCAAGGUUGUAUUCAAGCUAGAAAAUGCAUCGCUGACCCUUACACUGUGUUGAGAAUGUUAAAUUGUUGUACAGUACAACAUUUUGUCUCGUCUAAACCUUUUGAGUUGUUUUGCUUUUAAAGUAUAAAACAUCACUUCUGAGGAAAUCGAACCACUAGGUGGCAGCAUCAGCCUGUGAAGUUCAGCAAUCAACAAAGGUGAAACGAGACAGUUUCUAUUUUUAGUUUUAUACAAUAAAAUGAUUCAAAAGAAAAA